AUGUACGAUCAUCUAAUGACAAUGCUGGAUUCGCGGGCAUCUCGUAUGUCCCCUAAAUUAGCGCUGCUUACCAUUCAUGCUGAGUACAUUGGUGGCCCCGACGCAAACUAUCGAAAGUGGUAUUUUGCUGCCCAGCUGGACCUUAAUGAUGUGACGGACGAGAAAAACGUGGCUACAGACACCGUAGAAACAUCCAAAGACAGCAAAUCCAAUAUAUCACAGGCCCAUCGGCUCAAAGAAACCAAAGAAGCCUGGAGAAUUAAAAUGGAGCGUAUGAAAGAUGAAGAACGCAUUCAACAACUUGCGCUAUGGCUGCUUCUCUGGGCUGAGGCUUCUGUUAUUCGAUUUUGCCCUGAGGUACUCUGCUUUAUUUUCAAACUUGCAGAAGAUCAUUGGGAAAAUCGUACCGAUAAGGGGGUACCAGCCGGAACUUAUCUGGAUACGGUUAUUACACCUCUUUACAACUUUAUUCGAGACCAAUCAUACAGGCCAAUGGAAGAUGGAAGAUAUACAGAACGAGAGCGAGACCAUGCAUGUGUUAUUGGAUAUGACGACGUAAAUCAACAAUUCUGGUACCCAGAAAAAAUCGCACUUUUAAGGUUAAAUGAUAAGAGAAAGCUAGUAGAUCUACAUCCAAGCGAGCGUUAUCAAGCCUUGGGUGAUAUGGACUGGAAUCAUUCCUUUCAAAAGACGUUCAAAGAGAAGCGAUCCUGGAUGCACAUGGCUGUUAAUUUCACUCGAAUUUGGAUCAUUCACAUCGUCACAUUCUGGUAUUAUAUCAGUGCCAAUGCUGGAGAUCUCUAUCUGAGCACCGAUAAAGAUGAAGCCAAAACAGAGACACCAGUCAAGCUAUCAGUUGUGGCAUUAGGAGGGGCAAUUGCUACUCUUCUUGUUAUGCUUGGAAGCCUUGUUGAGUACAUGUAUGUGCCUAUGUCUUGGUACGGCGCGCGGAUCUUAUCUCGUCGGUUUGCAAUGCUUUUUGGAAUCCUUGUUUUAAACACAGGACCGUCUUUUUACUGCGUUUUCUUUGAUCGAACAAGCAGAAUAUCUUUGGCUGUUUCUGCGGCUCAACUAUUUAUUAGUGUGAUAACCAGUUUAUAUUUCUCGAUAAUGCCACAGUCGCAACUAUUUGUUCGUCACAAGAAAGACUCUCGACGAAUGUUAGCCAGUCAAACAUUUACUGCCAACUUCCCUCCUCUCAAACGAAUGGAUCGUCUGAUAUCAGUUGGUCUUUGGUCAUGUGUCUUUAUUUGUAAACUUUUAGAAUCAUACUUCUUUCUUGCAUUGUCUUUUAAGGACCCUUUGAGAAUCAUGUCUAGUAUGCAAAUACAAGACUGCCGAGAUCCGAUCAUUGGCACCGAACUAUGUGUCCUUAUGCCUAGUUUUACCCUUGGUCUUAUGCUUUUGAUGGCCUUGGUUCUAUUUUUCUUGGAUACUUAUCUUUGGUACGUUGUGUGGAAUACGGUGUUUUCUGUCGCUCGGUCGUUUUACCUCGGAAUAUCUAUUUGGACACCUUGGAGAAAUAUAUUUUCGAGAUUACCAAAACGCAUUUACGCCAAGAUACUAGCUGGCUCGGAGAUUGGGGCUCACUACAAGCCCAAGUUCUUAUACUCGCAAGUAUGGAACGCAUUUGUUAUUUCUAUGUACCGCGAGCACCUUUUAUCUCCAGAUCAUAUAACAAAGUUAUUAUACCAACGGGUCCCCAAUGCUGAAAACGGAAAGUUUACACUCAAGUCACCCACAUUUUUUGAAACCCAAGAAGACAUUGCCUUCAAGACAGAGUAUUAUCCUCAGGAGAGUGAAGCCGAGAGAAGGAUGCAGUUCUUUGCUCAGAGUAUGACGACUCCAAUGCCAGACCCCUUACCGGUACAGAAGAUGCCAACAUUUACUGUUAUGACACCACACUAUGGAGAAAAGAUAAUUUUCUCAUUACGCGAAAUUAUCAGAGAAGAAGAUAAGAAUACACGUAUUACACUUUUGGAGUACCUCAAGAAACUCCAUCCUUUUGAAUGGGAUAACUUCGUUAAAGAUACAAAAGUACUUGUGGAUGAAACCAGUCUAUCCAAUUCCGGGGGUGAAGAAGAUACGGCUAUGGCGGAAGACAUCAGUAUUGAUGAUCUGCCAUUUUACUGCGUUGGAUUCAAAUCGUCGGCUCCCGAGUACACUCUUCGGACCCGCAUAUGGGCCUCCCUCAGAUCACAAACCCUUUAUCGAACAAUUACCGGAUUUAUGAACUAUCAAAGCGCAUUGAAGCUACUUUAUCGAGUGGAGAAUCCGGAGCUCGUGACAGAUUCGAUAAAUUUUGAAAAACUUGAAUCUGAUUUGGAGCAGAUGGCUAACCGAAAGUUCCGUUUUUUGAUUGCUAUGCAACGGUAUGCAUCUUUUGACAAGGAAGAGUUGGAGAAUGUUGAUUAUGUCUUGAAAGCCUACCCGAACCUCCAGAUCGCUUAUCUUGAAGAGGAAAAGAGCCAGGAUGAAGACGGAAAGAAGAAGAAUACGUUUUACUCGGUAUUGAUUGAUGGCCACAGUACGGUCGGGUCUGAUGGUAAGCGCACUCCAAAAUACCGUGUACGUCUGCCCGGAAACCCUAUACUUGGAGAUGGAAAAUCAGACAACCAAAACACGGCGCUUAUCUAUUACCGUGGAGAAUACCUUCAGCUUGUCGAUGCAAACCAGGAUAACUAUCUUGAAGAGUGCCUAAAGAUCCGAAAUGUUCUUAGCGAAUUUGAGAAUCUGUCAGUCUCGAAUGAGUCCCCUUACGCUGAUGUAGGAUUCUCUACGGGUCCGGUUGCCAUUGUUGGCGCAAGAGAGUAUAUAUUCUCGGAGAACAUUGGUGUUCUUGGUGAUGUUGCGGCUGGUAAAGAGCAAACUUUUGGUACAUUGACUCAACGUAUAAUGGCAACUAUUGGUGGAAAGCUUCAUUAUGGACAUCCUGAUUUCCUGAAUGCAAUAUUCAUGACAACUCGUGGCGGUGUGAGCAAAGCACAAAAGGGACUCCACUUGAAUGAGGAUAUCUAUGCUGGAAUGAAUGCCUUUGAGCGUGGAGGAAGGAUCAAACACAUUGAAUACUAUCAAUGCGGAAAAGGCCGAGACCUUGGAUUUGGGUCGAUCCUUAAUUUUGUGACAAAGAUUGGCACUGGUAUGGGAGAACAGAUGCUUUCUAGAGAAUAUUAUUACAUCGGUACCCAGCUUCCCCUUGACCGAUUUCUGACCUUUUACUAUGCUCAUCCUGGCUUCCACAUCAACAACAUCUUUAUUAUGCUCUCGGUCCAUAUGUUCAUGAUCGUCUUACUUUUUCUGGCCUCCAUGAGUGUUCCUCUGCUGGUCUGCGAAUUUGAUAAGGAUGCACCUCCGGAAGCGCCACGUACACCAGACGGCUGUUAUGACCUGGUUCCUAUCUACAACUGGCUCAAACGUGUCGUUAUUUCAAUCUUUGCCGUGUUCUUCAUAUCUUUCUUGCCACUAUUUUUACAAGAACUUACGGAACGUGGCUUCAUGAGAGCCACCAGUCGGCUGUGCAAGCACAUAAUCUCGCUCUCUCCAUUCUUUGAGAUCUUUGUUACACAGACGUAUGCAAGUGCAAUCCUCAAUAAUCUUACGUUUGGAGGAGCAAGAUAUAUUGGUACUGGUCGUGGAUUUGCUACAACUCGAUUACCAUUUUCUCUGCUUUAUUCUCGAUUUGCAGACUCGAGUAUAUACGUUGGAGCCCGGAGUACUUUAAUCCUGCUUUUUGGGUCACUUAUUAUCUGGGCACCACAUUAUAUAUACUUUUGGAUUACAGUAAUUGCCCUGAUGAUGUCGCCAUUCCUUUUCAACCCACACCAGUUUUCGAUGGGCGACUUUAUUAUAGACUAUCGUGAGCUACUGCGCUGGUUAUCGCGCGGUAAUGGAAAGACACACGCAAGUUCAUGGAUUGGAUAUUGCCGAUUCUCGCGUAUGCGAACAACAGGAGUCAAGAUCAGACAGCUCGGGGAUGCCCCCAAAGCUUGGAACAAGCAGCAUCAAUCUCGGGCAAGAUUUGGAGUUAUAUUUUUCUCGGAGAUUGCUGUUCCGUUUUUCCUUGCGGUAGGGUGUGUGGUUGCCUACCUGUUUACUCGAAGCUUCGAUAUGUCAGAAGGACACAAUGCUGGCCAAGAAGCUCCGAGUGGCUUGAUUAGGAUUGCUGCCAUUGCUGUUCUGCCGUUGAUUCUUAAUGCUGGUGUCCUGGUUGCCCUGUUCUGUGUAUCUCUUCUGGGUGGCAUUCUGGCUUCUCUCUGCUGUAGUGUGAAGUUUGGUGCGACUGUUGCUGGUGCAGCUCAUGCGUGGGCCGUGAUCAAUUUUAUUGGAUUCUUUGAAUUGUUUUACUUUCUCGAAAAAUGGAACCUGUCUAGAACAAUCUUGGGUAUGAUUGCCGUUUCAUCUGUCCAGCGAUUCAUAUUCAAGUUAAUUACGGUUUGUUUACUCACGCGUGAAUUUCAGCAAGACGGGAGUAACCAAGGAUGGUGGACUGGUCGAUGGUAUGGUCGUGGACUUGGGUGGUAUGUAAUUACUCAACCACUGCGUGAGUUUGUGUGUAAAGUGGUCGAGAUGAGUCUCUUCGCGGCUGACUUUGUCUUGACCCAUUUUAUAAUGAUAUUCCUUUUCUUGAUAUGCUUUGUUCCGGGCAUCAACAAAUGGCACUCAUUGAUGCUAUUCUGGCUAAAACCCAGUAUGCAGAUCCGAGAACCAAUCUAUUCCACUGCUCAACGCCAGAAGAGGCGUCGAAUCUGCAUACUCUAUGGCUUUUUGCUAACCUGUUUUGCAUUACUGUUUUUUGGUCUACUGAUUGCCCCCUCAAUUAUUGGAUCGCGCCUAGAAUUCAAACUUGAUCUUCCUAUUUAA